AUGAAUAAUGAUGGUUUUACACGUCGUACAAUUUAUAUUUUGAUCAUUAUUACAUGGUUAUCAUCGGCUUUAAUUUCAUUAUUAUUCACAUAUUCAUCUGAAGUUGUUGCUAAAGAAGAUAUAGCAUAUAUAUUACAUUUGUUUUUAUUAAAGAAUCCAGAUUUUUCUAUUCCAACAAAUAACAACUAUGACAAUAAUCAAACAAAUAACUCAUAUUCAAAUGAAUUAAAUGGCCAAAAUCCUGUCGCUAGUGUUGACAAUCAUCCUCAUUUUCAAUCAUCAUCGUCGUCGUCGUCGUCGUCUUUGUCACCAUUGAAUUUUGAUCAUAAAACAAUGAAACGUUGUCGUAAUCCAAUCAAUGAAAAUGUGAAAAAUUUUUUAUUGGAAAAUUUCUCAAUUAAAGCCGAUCUUUUACUUACGAUUAUCGUAUUCAUUACACAAUAUUUCAUACCAUUAGCUAUUGUUGGUUAUCUUUAUAUUGAAAUUGGUAAAAUUAUUCAUCGACAAGGCAAAUUAUGUGAUGAUAAAGGUAACGCAAGAGCUCGAAUAAGACAACGAAAAAAAUUUCGUCGUAUUCUAAUGUUAAUAUUUAUGGUCGCUGCAUUUGCCAUUUGUUGGUUACCAUUGCAUAUAUUUCAUAUAUUAACCGAUGCUGGUUGGUUACAAUAUAAUUAUCGUAUCUUUAUGGUUGUACAUUGGAUUGCAAUGUCUUCAGUUAGCUAUAAUCCAUUCAUAUAUUGUUGGUUGAAUAAAAAUUUUCGUAAAACAGCAAUGAAAAUACUUUGCUGUGGUGCAACAGAAUGUUGUUGUGGAUUAAUAUUAUUACUAAAACGACGACGGUCUGGUGCUGAAUUAAAUGUCAAUCAUUCAGUUUUUAGUAAAGAAUGUCCACAAUAUAAAUUAGCAAUCGAACGUUAUCAUAAUCUUAUCGAUUAUGGAUAUUGA